AUGAAUUCUUCACAAAGCUCAUUUACAGAUCUUAAUAAUUGGGCUUUAUUUUACUAGAAUCUCUAACUAAUUGAACCAGAGAAAUUAUCUUCAAAGCUCAAACUACAUUUCAAAACUAUACCUGAUUUUAAUGACUUUAUCAAACUUUAUGAGUCUUCUAAGAUUGGAUCGAAUGAUACUUGGAGUGUGAAUGAAGAGCUCUUCUUAUAACUUAUAGUUUUGAGUCUCAAUCCAAGAUGCAUAAAGAAUCGGUUUGAUUGGGAGAAAGUGCAGAAGCUGAUGCCGAAACACAGGAGUCUGUCAGAAUUGUGCUUUAAAUUCUAAUCUUUCUAUAAAGCAUUACUUCCAAGACAGCCCUGGUCUUGUUUCGAAGAUAAAACCCUAUUAUAAAUCAUUUUAGAUAAUCCUAGUCGUUGUAAAAAGAAAUGGAGUGCAAUUUCUAAUUAAUACAAUCUGAUUUGCAAGUCUGAAAUUUAAAGAAAUGCAAAAUAAUGUCGUGAACGAUGGAACAAUAAAUUGGAUCCACAAAUUAACAGAGAACCAUGGUCGAAGUCUGAAGAGUUAAACUUUCUAUAAUUGCUACUUCAGAAUGGACGCAAAUGGGCUGAAAUAUCUAUAAAAUUGUCAAUGAUUACUAAAUAUAGAAGGAGGACUGAAUUUGCUUUGAAACACAAAUUCAAAUAACUCAAAAAAUAUUAUGGUCAGAAGGCCAAAAGAUCUAGUGAUGUAUAGAUUUGUCCAUAUUGGAGUACCAUGGAAGCUGAGAUGAUUGGAUACAAAAUUGAACUACUCUAAGAGAAAACCAGAAAGUGUCAGACUCAAGAAUAUUCUUUUUGUGAAUUUUUGGGUUCUGAUCAUGAGUUUUGCUUAGUGAUCAUUAAGAAUGGGUGUUUGAUCAAAUUGUGA